AUGCCCAUCCAGUCAGCCAUCCUCCGGGUAGCCCGCCCCUCCGACAACAUCGACGCCCUCCUCCCCUUCUACGUCGACGGCCUCGGCUUCGAGCUGCUCUUCCGCUUCGACCAGCACGAGGGCUUCGACGGCAUCAUGCUCGGCCACAAGGACGCGGGGUACCACCUCGAGUUCACGGCCAAGGCCGGGCACGCCGCCGGCCGUGCGCCCACGCAGGACAAUCUGCUCGUCUUUUACCUGCCCGACGAGACGGAGCAUGCGGAGGCGGUGGCGCGCAUGGAGAGGGCUGGGUUUGGCGCCGUGACGAGCUUUAAUCCGUAUUGGGACCGGUGUGGGAGGACGUUUGAGGAUGCGGAUGGGUAUCGGGUUGUUUUGGCGAGUACUGAGUCGCCGUUUUGA